AGAGAGAGAGAGAGGGAGAGAGGGAGAGAGGGCGACCUUUUUUCUGGAUAUCGUUUUGCCUCGUCAAACCUCCCACUGGUGGUUUACAGAAACCCUUAACUUCUCAUCUCUCUUGGGUUGUUGGUUCUCUCCUACUAUGGCUUCUUCCCCUCACCAGUGGAGUUAUGACGUCUUCUUAAGCUUCAUAGAUGAAGAUUUUGGUGACGGUGAUGAUGAUGACUCCAGUAAGAACUUCAUUGACCAACUCUAUGAAGCUUUGAUUCAGAGUGGCUACCGUAUCUUCACAGACGAGGACGAUGAGCGCAACCUCGAAGAGCAUAUCACCUAUAAAUUCCUAAAAACCAUUGAAGAAUCGAAGGUUUCGAUUGUAGUCUUCUCCAAGAACUACGGAUCUUCCAUAUGGUGCCUUGAUGAACUGGUGAAGAUGUUAGAAUGCAAGCAUGAGAUAGGUCAAACUGUUCUUCCCGUUUUCUAUGAGGUGGAUCCGUCUCAUUUUCGGAAACAGAAUGGGAUUUUGGAGGAACCUUUUGCGGGCUACGAAGAGCGAUUGAAAUCGGAGAUGGAAAAGGAGAAGGUGAACAGAUGGAGGAAGGCUCUCACUGAAGCUGGGAAUCUGUCCGGUUGGCAUCUUCAAGAUGUUGCAGACGGGGGUGAGACUAAGUUUAUCAAAGCGAUCGUUGAAGAGGUCUCAAUGAAAGCAAAAGAAAGACACAUGAAAAUUGACUCUCAUCUAGUUGGGAUAGAUUCCCGCAUAGAAGCCAUAAAUUCUUUAUUAAGUGUUGGUUCUAAUGAUGUUCGUAUGAUCGGGAUCUAUGGUAUUGGCGGCAUGGGUAAGACAACCAUUACCAAGGCUGUCUAUAACCAAAUCUUACAUGAAUUUGAAGGCAGUACUUUUCUUGGAAGUGUUAGAGAAAUUUCUGAACAUCAUAAUGGUCUACUUCAUCUGCAAAAGCAACUUCUUUCAGAUAUAUUAAUGAAACAAAACAUACACAUAAGCAAUGUUGAUAGAGGAAUCAAUGUGAUCAAACAAAGACUUUGUUUCCGAAAGGUUCUUGUUGUUCUGGAUGAUGUGGAUCAAUCAAACCAAAUAAAUGCAUUAGUUAGAGAGCGAGAUUGGUUUGGCUUGGGAAGUAGAAUCAUCAUAACAACUAGAGAUCAACAUUUUUUGAAUGAGCUCGACGUGGAUGGAAUAUACAAGGUUGAGGGAUUGGAAGCAUAUGAAUCCCUCCAACUCUUCAAGUCCUAUGCAUUUGAAAAGGUUCGUCCUACAAGACCUAAAAAGGAGCUUACAAAAAAAAUAUUGAUUUAUCUUGGCGGGCUUCCAUUAGCUCUUCAGGUAUAUGGUUCAUUUCUACACAAAAGAAGCAUAGAUGAAUGGACAAGUGCAUUAAAGAAGUUGCAAAGAAUUCCGAAUGAGGAAAUUCAGGAAAAACUUAAACUAAGCUUUGAUGCUCUUGACAGUACGGAGAAAGACAUAUUCCUUGACAUUGCUUGCUUCUUUAUUGGAAUGGACAAAGAUAUUGUAAUUAAAAUACUUGAUGGUUGUGGUUUAUUCCCAGAAAUAGGAAUUGGCAUUCUCAUGCGUAGAUCACUUCUAACAGUCAAUGAAAAGAAUCAGCUUGGAAUGCAUUACCUACUUCAAGACAUGGGAAAGGAAAUUGUUCGAAAUGAAUCUCCUAAUGAGCCCGGAAAGCGUAGCAGAUUGUGGCUUCGUGAAGAUGUAUAUGAUACGUUGACGAAAAAUGCAGGUACAGAAGUAGUUGAAGGUGUGGUCUUAAACUACCACCAAUCAAGCAAAGUAUGUUUGAGUAUUGAGGCAUUUACAAAGAUGGAAAGAUUACGAUUGCUCAAAGCUAAUUAUUUUCAGCUCUUGGGAGCUCAUGAACAUUUUCUAAAUGAUUCAUCCUCUUCUAUGGGGAAGAAACUUCUGUUCAAGGAGUUAAGAUGGCUGUGUUGGCAUAAAUUCCCUUUAAGAUCUAUGCCAAACAAUUUUCAUCUGAAGAACCUUGUUAUUCUUGACGUACAAUAUAGCAAUUUCAAGCAAGUCUGGAAGGGAAGCAAGCCAGAGUAUCUUGGAAAGCUGAAAGUCCUCAAUCUUGAUCAUUGCCUUUACCUUACGAAGACCCCCAACUUCUUGGGACUCCCUAGCCUUGAGAUAUUGACACUUGAAGGUUGUACAAGUUUGGUUGAAGUUCACAAAUCGAUUGGAGAAUUAAACAAUCUUCUCAUUUUGAAUCUAAAAGGUUGUACAAACCUUCAGAAAGUCCCAAGAAGCAUUUGGAAUUUGAAAUCUCUACAAAGUCUUAUCCUUUCUGGUUGUUCAAAAAUCAAUGAACUGCCAGAACUGGGAAAUAUGGAAAGUUUAACAGAGCUUCUUGCUGAUGGAACUGCAAUAAGGAAACUGCCCAUUUCCAUUGGGCUUUUGCGUAACCUCAAAAGCUUGUCUUUAGGUGGAUGUAAAGGAUCACCAUCAAAAUCAUGGAAUUCAUUUUUCAGGUCAUUGGGACCACCAAGAAGUGAUAAUGCCGUUACAUCUUUGCCAUCUUCCAUCUCUGGUUUACGCUUCUUAAGACGCCUGAGUCUUAGGGACUGCAACCUACCUGGUAUGCUUCCCAAUGAUAUUGAGAGUUUAUCCUCAUUACAAGUGUUGGAUCUAGCCUUCAACAACUUUUGUGAGUUACCUGCUGGCAUCAGCCGCCUUCCCCAGCUUCAAUCCCUUUGGUUACAGAAUUGUACAAAACUUGGAUCACUUCCAGAGCUUCCAUCAAGUUUAAGGCACUUGGAUGCAGAUGGUUGCAUGUCCAUGGAAAAGCUAUCAAAUCUUGCAAGUGCAACCUCAUUACAGACCUUGGAUUUAACUCGAAAUAAUAUUUGUAGCUUACCUGCAGACAUCAAUGGCCUUUCUCAACUGAAAGUUCUUACAUUGAGAGAUUGCGCAAGGCUUCGGUCACUGCCAAUGCUUCCAUCAAACAUAAUCGCUUUGGAUGCAGGAGGUUGCACAAUGGAAAGACUAUCAAGCUUGGCAAACUUAAAGAAGUUACAAUCCUUGUUUCUUAAUAAAAGCAGCAAACUAAUUGAGGUGGAAGGCUUGGAGAGGUUGGAAACUACACCAACUAUUCACAUGGAAAUGUGCAAUGGUUUGGCAAACACUUUCAGGGAUAAACUCUUUCAGGUCCUCUCUCUCUCUCUCUCUCUCUCUCUCUCUCGGGAUCACCCUCAUAUUGAACAUCCAAGAUUUUCCAUGCAACAGGGUAUGAGUGAACCUGGUGUCAUUGACAUCUUUGUUCCUGGGGGAGACAUUCCAGAUUGGUUCAGCUACCAAAGUGCAGGGUCCCGCAUGUUUUUUGAGGUGCCUCCACUGUCUAACCACAAGAUUCAAGCCUUGAUUAUAUGUGCUGUCUACGCAGCAGGCGAAGAACUUGAUGAUACAACAGAGGGUCCUGAAGCCACUUUCAUUAGCAUGAUCAAUGGUCUAGAAUGGAGAUACAAGCCCUUGGUCAAUGGCGCUUUAGCAACAAAUCAGGAUCACAUGUGGGUGAGCAAUAUGGGAGAGGCAAUGUUUUUGGAUCAGUUGGAAGGAGGGGAUCAAGUGCAUGUCUCAGUAACAAUGGGUGACUGUAUCCAGGUGAAGAAAUGUGGGAUCCAUCUAUUUCAGGGUGAGAAAGGCCACAAAGAAGAUGAUGGAGGCAGGGGUGCAGUUGCUGCCGUUUCAUGGAGGAUCAAGUCCUUGAUAGGUUGACCAGGGCUUUGGCCCAAAAUGAACUCUGGAGCAUAGUAAAUACACAUUAUACACGUAUAAUACAUAUAAUAUUCACAUA